AUGAAUGUUCAAGCAUCUGACGGUUUCAGUAAGAUUAAUGAUGAUGACAAAGAGGAGAAAGAAAUAAAUGGUAGUGAUGGUAGCGAUGAAAUAAAUAAUAAUGGAUCUGAUAUAAAUGAUCGUUAG